UUGUCAGAGCAGUCAUAUCAAGUGAACAAAUAUCUGUGAAUUUAUUAAUAUAAUAAUAUAUUGUUAUGACCUCUGACAACCCGCAAUAGUGCAAAGACAAAGUUCAUUCGCAACUCGUAACUAGCCGUGUAUAAUUGGGUCAUCAAUGAAAAUAACAGAGUAUAUUCGGACUCGUGUUUUAUGAAAUGUAUUAAUUUUCAAUUUGCUUUCCAAACACGUUUUGUUUGCUUGAUAUUCUUCAGAGUGGGAACAACAAUGUGUUAAAUAAUUAAAUAUUGUAUUUGUUUAAUUGACCUCGAAAAGAUAAAGAAUGAGUUUAAGAAAAACAAAGAACGUUCCAAAUAUCAUAGAAAAUGUUUCAUCACAUAAUGAGAAGACUAAAGAUCCAGAUUUUGUGUGUCGGGAGUCGCCGCUGACGGUCCUCUUCGAGCAGUCUUUACAUAUACAAGCCAUUUACCACAUAUUUGUCGUAAUACUCCUAAUACUGUUGUGUGAUACGGUCAUAUACGAUCUCAUUGAAACUGGAAAAAUCAACAUCGGAGUGUCGUCGGUGGUAUAUGGCUUCGGCGAUAUAAGUCGGGGAGCAAGGCUAUGGUUGUUCCAACUAGCCAUCGUCCUGAUCUUCUAUCCAGGGAUCAGAUUGUACGCAGCUGUGCGAAAAAUAAUCAAAGAUAACACAGUGCUUUGCAAAAUAUGGUCAAUAGUUGGAAUAACUGGUGUAGUACUCCUGGAAUUGUUACUCAUCGGAGUACCUGUGUGGGACCUGGCCAAAGAACACCUGGCACUAGGUUCGUCAACAGUGGUCACCUGUGAAAUGUUUCGCUUUGCUAUGAAAAUGUGCUCUGUAGCUGUUGCAUUGGCUGAAAGAUGUAACAACGGAAUAAAACCAGUACCUUCUUUUUCUCAUUAUGUUUACUUUUUAUUCGCACCAACGUUAAUCUACAAAGAUGUUUAUCCCAGAACCAAAAAAGUUAGAUGGGGCGUAGUUGUUGGUCACCUCUUAGAAGUUACGGCCAUAAUAUUUUACAAUAGUUUUCUAUGGGAACGAUUUAUAUUACCAUAUUGGUCUAAUUACGGGAAGGAACCAACGGUGGAAGCUGGUUUGGUGGUCCGAGGUAUGUUCGCUUGUAUACUGCCGGGAGUGAUAUCGUUCCUCUGUGGUUUUUAUCUCCUCUUGCACGCCUGGCAUAACGCGUUUGCUGAAAUGCUCACAUUCGGAGACAGGCUGUUUUACGAGGACUGGUGGACCACCUCCCGCUUUUCAAACUACUAUCGUGCUUGGAAUCGCGUUGUGCAUGCAUGGUUGCGCACUCAUAUCUACCAACCAUUGGCGCCUCGAGCUGGUCGCGCUAUAUCCACCUUCAUCGUCUUUUUUGUAUCGUCAAUUGCUCAUGAAGUCAUACUUAUAUUGUCCUUUGGGUUUUUCUACCCUGUGCUCGUAGUGGAAUUCGGUGUCUUUGGAGUCCUUAUGCUACCGCUGACUGCUAGUGGACGACGUUUCCCCAGGCUUUACAAUUUACUGAUGUGGCUGGUGCUUUUCAUAGGAAAUGGUCUUCUGUGGAGUUUGUAUGCAAUGGAAUAUUUCGCAAGAAAGAACUGCCCGAAAUUAGAAACAGACAAUUUCUUCGUUCCAAAAUCUUGGUCCUGUCCUGAAGUGGUUUUAAAACCAAACUGGGCAUUUCAAAAUCCUUUCAACAUUAUUUUUUAAUUGUAUUAUAUUCAAUGAUUUCCUUUACCUAGCUCAUUGUGCAAAUAUAUACAAAUAUAUAUUUGUGUUUCGCUUUUAAAUUGUCUAAUAAAAAUAUAUAUAUUAAAACUCAUAUCAAUUGCAACAUAAAGCAAC